AUGGCUGAAAACUUUUCUCCUUCCUCCUCUUUCUCUUCCCCUUUCCCUUCCGUUCCUCCCUCCAUUGAAGGUGGCCAAUCUUCCUCGGCUCCUGAAAACCCUACUGGAACCGGGUUUCAUCCACAGCCCACACCUCGGUUCAAGUGGACUCCUGAUCUUCAUCGUCGCUUCUUGGAGGCUAUUCAAGUUCUUGGAGGACUGCAAUAUGCAACUCCUAGAGCAAUUGUUGAAGUCAUGGAUGAUAAGGACCUAACCAUAAGUAGGGUUAGGAGCCACCUUGAGAUUCACCGUGCCAACUGUUUCGAUCAGGAGCAACUGGCUAGAGAAACUCAAGCUGCAGUUGCUCAGCUGACGUGGGCGGCCACCGUUCCCUAUCCGUACGGUUAUCCCUCGCUCUAUAGCGCUCCGGCGCCGGCGCUAUACUCACCGUUACGGCCACAGCUGACGUCACCACCACUACACCCUCCUGCAAGGCUAUACAUUAGCCCAUUCGGGCCGAUAAUGCCCCCCACCAUUCCACCCUCGAUGAGGAUGAUGGAAUACUCGGCCCCGACGCCCAAAACCAUCAUCUUCAAGAUGAUGGGCACACCGGUGUCGAUUGAUGCUGAGGAGAUACCAGAAUUGAUGAUGUCUGGUGAUAUAAACCCAGGAUCAUCUUCCUCAGCUGCAAGGAAUGAGGAUCAAGACGAUGGCCCUCUUGAUCUCACGCUCUCCAUCAGACCUCCCAGCCGUCGAUGA